AUGGCUUCCCUUCCCGCUGGCAAAUGCUGUACCAUUACUCACAACCACAGUGGAACUCCAAUCGGACAAUUAGAGACUAAGUUUGGCCUCAAUACUUAUGUGACUGGAUUGGAGAACCCAACGGACCGUGUGCUUGUUAUUCUUACUGAUAUCUUUGGCCACAAAUACCAAAACACUCAAUUGAUUGCUGAUCAAUUUGCCAAGGCUGGAAAGUAUCAGGUGUACGUUCCAGACAUUUUGCAUGACGACCCAUUUGAUGCUUCUUUGGGCAUGGAUGCCUUCCCGGAAUGGAAGAGCAGACACGACUUUGAUGAGAUCUCGAGCUCUGUGGAUGCUUACUUGAAGGAAUUGCGUAGCUCUCUUGCGCCCGGCUUUUUGGGCGGAGUGGGAUAUUGCUUGGGUGCCAAGUUCGUCAUCCCAAACCUUUCUGAGAACGGAUCUUUUGAUGCGGGUGCUGUAGCUCAUCCAUCUUUCGUUGAUAUCGAAUCUGUUGCAGCCAUCAAAAAACCAAUUGUCAUCAGUGCAGCUGAGUCCGAUUACAUCUUCCCUCCAGAGUUGAGACACGCUACUGAGGCCAAGUUGGCUGAAAUAGGUGCUCGCUACCAACUUGACUUAUUCAGCGGUGUAUCGCAUGGCUUUGCAUGCAGAGGUGAUUUGACCCAGCCCGUGGUCAAAUACGCUGCUGAUAAGGCAUUCCUGGACCAAAUCCAGUGGUUCUCUUUGUUUUAG